AUGAGUCUUCCUAUAAAUAUCGGAAAUGCCGGAAAAAAAUUUCAAAAAUUAGCGCUUUUUGCACAAGUUAUUUUUAUAAUUUCGACUGCUCCAACCUCUACUCCCCAUGCUAAGGAAAUACUUGUAGGGGCUUCAGUAGAAAAAUAUGAAAGAGUUUUAAAAGAAUUAGAAAAUAUUUAUUCAGGAAUUAUUUCAAACUCAAAAAGCUGAAACGCCUGUUCUAGUAAGAGUAUUUUGGGGGACAAAAACAUUUAUUUAUGAAGCAUAGAAGAAUAUAAAUUAAGAAGAAAAGAAAAUUUAAUUACGGCUAUCUCAAUGUUCAUAAAAAUUGUAAAAAUUAUUUACCCAAAUUCUUAACUCCCACCCUCCGUGAGUGAACAAAAAUAUUUUGUUCACUCACGGAGGGGGGUUAAUGUUUUUUUUUUAAAAAAGAUUAUAUAUAAAUUUUUAUAAAAAUUUUUUUUUUCGAAAUUUAAAAAAUCCUAAUUCGCAAAAAUUGAAAAGCAAAUAUUAAUUUAAUUUUAUAAAAUUUAUGUUUUAAAAAAGCAAUUCGUUUAAAAUUAAAUAGAAGUAGCUCUAGAUUUCAUUAUACUAAUUAUCAUUUAUAUAUCAAAAAUUUUUUCCAUAAAAAAUUUUUGUUCACUCACAGAGGGUGGGUUUUUGGGCAAAAAAUAGCGAUUUUUCUAAUGGUUUUGUUCACUCACGGAGGGGGGAGUAAGCAAAAAUAUUUUGCUCAAAGAAAUAUUUUAUUUUUCAGUAAUUUUAUAUUUUCGAAAUUAAAAUUUGUAAAUUAUGUUUUAUAAAUAUUUAAAAUAACAAACUAUCUAGAGAUUAUAUUAUUGUAUCAUUAUUUAUUAACUUCCCCUUCCGUGAGUGAACAAAACAUUGGAAAAAUCCCUAUGUAAGUGAUAAUUAUUAUUAUUAUUAUUAUUAUUAUUAUUAUUAUUAUUAUUAUUAUUAUUAUUAUUAUUAUUAUUAUUAUUAUUAUUAUUAUUAUUAUUAUUAUUAUUAUUAUUAUUAUUAUUAUUAUUAUUAUUAUUAUUAUUAUUAUUAUUAUUAUUAUUAUUAUUAUUAUUAUUAUUAUUAUUAUUAUUAUUAUUAUUAUUAUUAUUAUUAUUAUUAUUAUUAUUAUUAUUAUUAUUAUUAUUAUUAUUAUUAUUAUUAUUAUUAUUAUUAUUAUUAUUAUUAUUAUUAUUAUUAUUAUUAUUAUUAUUAUUAUUAUUAUUAUUAUUAUUAUUAUUAUUAUUAUUAUUAUUAUUAUUAUUAUUAUAUAUUAUUAUUAUUAUUAUUAUUAUUAUUAUUAUUAUUAUAUUAUUAUUAUUAUUAUUAUUAUUAUUAUUAUUAUUAUUAUUAUUAUUAUUAUUAUUAUUAUUAUUUAUUAUUAUUAUUAUUAUUAUUAUUAUUAUUAUUAUUAUUAUUAUUAUUAUUAUUAUUAUUAUUAUUAUUAUUAUUAUUAUUAUUAUUAUUAUUAUUAUUAUUAUUAUUAUUAUUAUUAUUAUUAUUAUUAUUAUUAUUAUUAUUAUUAUUAUUAUUAUUAUUAUUAUUAUUAUUAUUAUUAUUAUUAUUAUUAUUAUUAUUAUUAUUAUUAUUUAUUAUUAUUAUUAUUAUUAUUAUUAUUAUUAUUAUUAUUAUUAUUAUUAUUAUUAUUAUUAUUAUUAUUAUUAUUAUUAUUAUUAUUAUUAUUAUUAUUAUUAUUAUUAUUAUUAUUAUUUAUUAUUAUUAUUAUUAUUAUUAUUAUUAUUAUUAUUAUUAUUUAUUAUUAUUAUUAUUAUUAUUAUUAUUAUUAUUAUUAUUAUUAUUAUUAUUAUUAUUAUUAUUAUUAUUAUUAUUAUUAUUAUUAUUAUUAUUAUUAUUAUUAUUAUUAUUAUUAUUAUUAUUAUUAUUAUUAUUAUUAUUAUUAUUAUUAUUAUUAUUAUUAUUAUUAUUAUUAUUAUUAUUAUUAUUAUUAUUAUUAUUAUUAUUAUUAUUAUUAUUAUUAUUAUUAUUAUUAUUAUUAUUAUUAUUAUUAUUAUAUUAUUAUUAUUAUUAUUAUUAUUAUUAUUAUUAUUAUUAUUAUUAUUAUUAUUAUUAUUAUUAUUAUUAUUUAUAUUAUUAUUAUUAUUAUUAUUAUUAUUAUUAUUAUUAUUAUUAUUAUUAUUAUUAUUAUUAUUAUUAUUAUUAUUAUUAUUAUUAUUAUUAUUAUUAUUAUUAUUAUUAUUAUUAUUAUUAUUAUUAUUAUUAUUAUUAUUAUUAUUAUUAUUAUUAUUAUUAUUAUUAUUAUUAUUAUUAUUAUUAUUAUUAUUAUUAUUAUUAUUAUCAUUAUUAUUAUUAUCAUUAUUAUUAUUAUCAUUAUUAUUAUUAUCAUUAUUUAUUAUUAUAUUAUUAUGAAAUCUCGACCUAAUUCUGUUUAAUUUUUUCAAAUUGCGCUUUGAAACAUAAAUUUUAUAAAUUAAAUUAAUAUUUACUUUAACAUUUUUGCGAAGUGGGAUUUUUUUAAAUUUCGAAAAAAAAUUUUACUAUAAAUUUAUAUAUAUAAAUAUUUUUUAAAAAAAUAUUAUCCCCCUCCGUUAGCGAACAAAAUUUUUUUGUUCGCUCAUGGAUCGGGGGAGUAAGAAAUUUUUAUAUUACCUAAAAACAGGAUAUCUCUAAUAAUUUCUAACAAAGAAAGAGUUAGGGAAAUGAAUUCGAGAGGAAAUUUUUUAACUCCUCUGAAUAUCCAUGAGACGCAUAUCGAUUUUUAUUAUUUAAUGGAUAUGGAGAAGCGCUCAAUUAUUGCAAUAAAUCGCUGAUUGAUAUCAUUGACUGCCAACAAUCUAUGGUAAGCGAUUUUAAAUCCCAAAUGACUUUUUUUUUGAUUUUGGGCCCUGUUGUACUUGCUGUCUGUAUUUUAUUAAUCCUCCCAUUUUAUUUCUCAAUUUUUAAAAUUGAAAAUAAUCUUUGGAACAAUAUAAGGAAAUAUGCUUUUAAGAACUACUCUGAGCUAAAGCAAACAAUUUUGGAACGAUUAAAAGAUAUCCACUCUCAUUCAAAAGCUUUUUUUCUACAGAAAAGCAAUCUAUGGCAGCUUAUUCAUUCAAAAGCUACUGGAGAUAUGCUUGACGAACACUUGUUUACUUACUCCCCACCUCUGUGAGCGAUCCAAAACAUUUGAAAAAUUCCUAUUUUUUUGGUAAAAAACCCACCCUCUAUGAGCGAACAAAAAAUUAUAUAUAAAAAAAUAAAAAUAUAUGAGUGAUAAUUAUUAUAACGAAAUCUCUAGUUAAUUCUAUUUAAUUUUAAACAAAUUGCGUUUUUUUAAACAUAAAUUUUACAAAUUAAAAUAAUAUUUGCUUUCCAAUUUUUGCAACUAGGAUGUUUUUAAAAUACCCCUCUGAGAGCGAACAAUAUUUUUUUUGUUCGCUCACGAAGGGGGAGCUAG